UUUUUCGUGUUCGUUGCGUGCGUAUCGGUGAAGAUCGCGGGGAGUGCAGUUGCCGUCAACGUAGCAAUUCCCUUUUCUGCCCCAUCCAAGGGCUUAGCUGAAAGGGAGAAAGGGUAGCUUUCUUUGUGGUGGCUGCCACAACGGAACGACAGAAACGUACUUGCCUGUUUCUAGCCACCAUUUCCGGUACUGAGCUGACACACGAUGUCUUCGUUGCGCUACGAGAUGGACGACAGCAUUGAAAGCGGUCUGCAGCAGCAGUCAGCGUCGGGCAGCGGUCGCAAAAGUGCGCUGAAUGCAACGCCAGGCGAAGACCUGUUCAACAACAUGAUGGGGGCCGACUUUAGCAUAAGAAAGCGACGCGUUUGGGCCCCGGAAGAGGUUUCGCUCGCGUCCGAGGAUAUCGAUCUGCUGGACGAUGAUGACGAUUUGGAGGAGGAGGAAGACGAUGGGGUCGGCUGCCCGUUACCUUCGACACCGGAGGAUAAUCAGCUGCUCGAGGCAGAAAUGACCGAAGUGCUGAAGGCAGGCGUUCUCUCGGACGAAAUUGAUCUUGGCGCACUGGCGCACAAUGCGGCCGAACAGGCCGAAGAGUUCGUGCGCAAGGUGUGGGAAGCUUCGUGGAAGGUUUGCCACUUCAAAAACCUGCCGGCCUGGCUACAGGAUAACGAUUUCCUGCAUAAGGGCCACCGGCCACCGUUGCCUUCGUUCAGCGCUUGCUUCAAAUCCAUCUUUCGCAUACACACCGAAACCGGCAACAUAUGGACGCAUUUGCUGGGCUGUGUGAUGUUUAUCGGCGUCGCCGCGUACUUCUUAACGCGCCCAUCGUUCGAAAUUCAGCUGCAAGAGAAACUCAUCUUCCUUACCUUUUUCAUUGGCGCGAUCAUUUGUCUAGGAUUUUCGUUCGCCUUCCACACGCUGUGCUGUCACUCGGAAAUGGUUGGAAAGCUGUUUUCAAAGCUCGAUUACUGUGGUAUUGCCCUCCUCAUCAUGGGUUCGUUUGUUCCUUGGCUCUACUAUGGGUUCUAUUGCCACUAUAAGCACAAGCUGAUCUACCUGACCGUGGUGAUUGUGCUCGGAAUUACUUCGAUCAUUACAUCCCUGUGGGAUAAGUUUUCUCAACCAAAUCUGAGACCGCUCCGUGCUGGUGUAUUUAUGAGCUUUGGUCUUUCCGGCAUCAUCCCAGCCAUACAUUACGUGCUUAUGGAAGGAUGGUUUAGCAAAAUUUCCCAAGCAAGCCUGGGAUGGCUCAUACUGAUGGGACUGCUGUACAUUCUUGGCGCCCUUUUCUACGCCUUGCGCGUACCCGAAAGGUGGUUCCCGGGCAAGUGUGACAUUUGGUUCCAAUCGCACCAGAUAUUCCAUGUGCUUGUGCUGGUGGCUGCUUUUGUGCACUACCAUGGUAUCAGCGAAAUGGCAAUGUAUCGAGUAACGGUCGGUGAAUGCGAUAUUCCUCAUCAGCAUCCUGCUAUCAGCUUCUAAACGUGCAAACGCGGUAAGCGAAUGUGUGUACGGCCACCAUCUGAGCUGAUCUGAUUCCACAGAUCUGAUUCCAACCUCUACGGAUGAGCAUGUUUUACAUCACACUCAUACAAAUCAUAUUAACAUCUCAGUGAAGCAAUGAGCAGAUCACAGCGUGCGGAAUCGGAUUUUGCAAGACUUUUGGGAAAAAGGAAGGAAACACAACAGCAGCAGCAGCAGGAUAAUUUAUUGUAGCACUGUAUUUGGGCAGGGUAGAUGAUUUUAAACGCAAAUUUUGCCUUGAAAUAUGAGUAAUUUUUGUUUUCGCAUAAAGGUUAGUUUGCUAUACGAGAGUUUGUUUCGAAAUAUGAUUUUAGUACAUAUAAUUAAAGAAAAAAACUAACCCAGAAACAUGUUAUUAACUGCUACCAUUAAUGCUAAUCAACAACAACACUAGGUUUACGGUAGUAUGUCCCCGACUGGAUGAGCAACUUUAAGUAAGUGAUUCACAACCAAAACAUAGACUCUUUCAUCCAAACAAUGUUUAGGAACUUCCUGCCCGUCCGACGAAACACAAUUAGCUCCAGACGUAUCCACUCUUCAUUAACGGCAAGCGAAACACUUCUUUGUUUGCAUACGGAAUGCAUUGCAAUGGGACCCUAAUUGCGAGCAGCUGGGUGAUAAAUGUCGUCAGUGCUAAUCGAUUGUGGCAUGAUGAGUAUUAAUUUUCACACGCAUAGAUACAAAUAACACAUAGGACAAAAUUUUUGGGCGGGGUGCAUAUUGAGUAGACAGGCUUUCCACACAUUUAUCACGCGGAACUUACUUUAGCAAGCAAUUCAUACACCAUUCAGCAAACGGUAACAAAUGUAGCUAUUUGGUAAAAAAAUAUCAAAAAUGCUGCAAGAAAAUAAAACUGACGCGCGCAAGUCGACAAGCAGCGCAGAAGCUAACGAACAUUGGAAGGAUGACACACUUCCAUGAUACUUCCGUGCGUAAAGGGCUUCGCGCCGGGAAGACACAUUCUGUUUUGCAAUGUUGCUGUGUUGUUGGUUGUGUUCAUUGUUUGAAUACACAUAGGGGGAGCUACAAACAACAGGGUAGUGAGGUAAAAAAAAUCAAAUAAAUCUUGGGAAUAUGAGGAUUUCGCAUCAGGAUAGACGGGGAGGGAAACAUAAAUGUUUAAUCAUUAAGUAAGGGCUAAACCAAUUAUUACAAACACAAGGCACACGCAAACACACUACAUGGUAACACGACAAAAGUGUACGAAGUAUGGGAAAGUUAAAUACAAUUCAUGUGUACCGACAAAA